AUGGUUGGAGAUGGUGGAGUUGAGCUUGUUUCGAGUCUUAAUUUCUGCUUUUCUCUUCCAGAUGACUCUAAUACUGGCCUUGGUUUGUGUGGAUGGAUCCUGGUGGUCAUUUCAUUUUUUUUCACUGUUAUUACAUUUCCUAUAUCAAUCUGGAUGUGCAUAAAGAUUAUAAAGGAAUAUGAGCGAGCUAUCAUCUUCAGACUUGGACGCAUCUUAAAAGGGGGAGCAAAGGGACCAGGUUUGUUCUUUGUCCUGCCCUGCACAGACAGCUUCAUCAAAGUGGAUAUGAGGACCAUCUCUUUUGAUAUUCCACCCCAAGAGAUCUUGACCAAGGACUCUGUGACAGUUAAUGUAGAUGGAGUGGUUUAUUACAGAGUCCAGAAUGCCACCCUUGCUGUAGCAAACAUAACAAAUGCUGACUCAGCCACUCGCCUGCUAGCACAGACUACUCUGAGGAAUGUUCUGGGGACUAAAAACCUUUCUCAGAUUCUCUCUGAUCGUGAAGAAAUUGCACACAGCAUGCAGGCCACACUUGAUGAGGCAACAGAUGAUUGGGGCAUUAAGGUGGAACGCGUGGAGAUCAAGGAUGUGAAAUUACCUGUCCAACUGCAGAGAGCAAUGGCUGCAGAAGCAGAAGCUGCCCGGGAGGCAAGAGCUAAGGUAAUUGCAGCUGAGGGUGAAAUGAAUGCUUCCAGGGCCCUAAAAGAGGCAUCCAUGGUUAUUACAGAGUCCCCUGCUGCUCUUCAGCUUCGUUAUUUGCAGACCUUGACCACCAUUGCUGCAGAAAAGAACUCCACCAUCGUCUUUCCAUUGCCCAUAGAUAUGCUGCAGGGUGUUAUAGGUGUAAAUUGCUAGAUGCAUUGGAAAGAAGAAUUUUUUUUUCCGCCUCACAGAGAAUGUCUGCAAAACUGAAUUAUCUGUGUAUUAGAGCUUAAGGCAUUGUUAGCAUAAAUGGGUUUUCUGAGACAGCUUUUUUGUUAUAUUGAGUGUAUGAUGAGAAAACUUGUAUCUAAUGUUUGUUAAUUUGGAUAAUCAAAAUAUUUAAGAUUCAAAAUCUAUCAGAAUUGGUUCAAGCAGAUUGUGAUCUUAACACGUGUUCAUGCUGUCCUGGAUGACAAACCUAUAAUCUGUAACCUAUUUUCAAAUAGUAUAUACAACCACUUGGGUGGAGGAUGAGGCAAUGAUCCAGCACUUGAGAGGCGGUUACUUUCAAAAGCCAUGCAUAAUUUGAGAGAAGUAUUCCUUUUAAUAAAAGGACCUGCGGCCCUGUAAGGGAAGGGAAACAGCCCCAAACUAUAUUCUCUUGGACUGUAGCUAUAUGAGAUGGAGUCUUCUUGGAUCAUUGUCAUAUGGACUAGUCCUUUAGCUUACAUUAGGACAAUAACAACAGUGGACGGAGGACUGGGUAUUAGCUACUUCUGAAAAUCAGGCUCACAGCUUCCUAAAACGAUUUCCCAUUUACAAGGACUAGUUAUUAGCCAACAUUACUGAAAUGAAAUGGACAUGGCAUGGACAGGCUGUAGUUAUGGAUACAAUAUGCUUGUAGUCACUGAUGCGCUAACCUGUUGUCAGGGUGGCUUGUCCACAUAGAUUUGUGCCUCUUUAAAGCACUGAAAAGUCCCUGGGAAUGCCUUUAUUUGUACUGCUUCUCUUUUAAAAAUCUUUUUCUAAAAAAAGAGAAAAGGGUACCAGAGUAAUGACUCUUGUAAAUAGGUUUCCUGUCUUAAUUUUAGUCAUGCUUGAAAGACUACAGCUGAAGUUCUCUAUUGGGGUUGAGAAGUUCUCUGUUGGCAAAUAAGAAAUAUCUGAAAUUAGAAAUAUCUGAAAUUAGAUGGAGGGGUGGUUAAGAGAAGAUGCUGUACCUCUUACUUAUCUGUUCUAACAGAGUGGUAGCUAUUUACCUGUUGAUGCUGCAUCUCAGCAGACCUGCGUUAUUGGUUGUGAUGCCAGGGGUUUAUACUUUGGUUUUACCAAAAGUAGAUAAUUUUUUCAGUUUCUGUAGUCUUCAUAUGCUUAUCUGUUAAACUGUUGUCAUACUUUGCAUAUGUUUAGCAGCUAAAACUACAGAUUAAAGGCAGAUAAGAAUCAGAGGCCACAUUGAGGGAAGGCUCAGGCUACCAGCAUCUAGUGGGAGAUGAAAAUGAAAACCCAAGACAGAUGAUUAAGUGUCCUUGUUCUCACACUGGCCAGCAUAAAGUUUGUAUCUUGUUUUUAAUCACCUUUCUGCCAUGAUCAGUUCUGUAUUUUUAGUAACCACAAGGUCUGUUUAAGUGUAUCGUGAUUAAAAGCGGCAAACUGAUCCUAGAUUUAGAAAAAAAAGAUGCCUGAGCAUCUGUAAGAGCUGUAAGAGCUUGAGCUAGUUGUUGCUGCUUCUUGUUUUCUUGUCUGUUGUGAAUAGAUUUUAUUUUCCUCUGCAUCAUAAAAGCAAUACACCAGUCUGCA